AUGGCGCGCACGCUCUUCGCUUUCUUCCAGCUCGCUGCAGUCGCUACCCUCGCGAGCGGCCUCGUGACAGCCGACAAGCGCGCGACGGGCGGGUACGUCCAGCCCGCGUCGGGCACCGCGUCGUUCACGCACUACUCCGGGUGCUCGCAGCCUGCGUGCGGUAUCGCCGCCUCGGGCUACACCGCUGCGAUCUCGCAGCUCUCGUUCGGCGGUGUACCCGGCUUGGGUCCCGGUGACGCGUGCGGCCGCUGCUUCGCGCUCACAGGGACCUCCGACCCAUACUCGCCCGCUUACACUGGUCCGUUCGGGCAGUCGAUCGUCGUAAAGGUGACGGACCUCUGUCCGGUGCAGGGCAACCAGGAGUGGUGCGGGCAGUCGAGGAGCAACCCGAACAACCAACACAACGAGCCAGUGCACUUCGAUAUCUGCGACGAUACGGGCGGGUCCGCGAAGUUCUUCCCUUCGGGCCACGGGGCGCUCACCGGGAAGUUCACGGAGGUCUCGUGCAGCCAGUGGUCUGGCUCUGAUGGGUCGCCGCUGUGGAAUGGCGCGUGCAUCAAAGGCGAGUCGGCGGGGCUCUGGCCCGCGGUCGGCUGCGGCAACCAAGGCACCGCGCCCUGA